CACUACCUAAAAGUCCCGAACCUCCUGUGAACCCAUACGUACAUGUUCUAACUAAUGAACCAAGACAAGAAGCCACUUGGGAUAAAGCCCCACUUAAACAGUGGUCUAAUCUCUUCCCAAAGCUAAAAAGAGGCCAAUCUACCUUUUUAACAUUUUCUCCAAAAGAGCAAAUCAAAUCCAAGAACGAUAAUGCUCUG